CCAUCGGCGCCAUGUUCAGUCAUGUCGGAGACGGACAACUUUGUGCUAGUGACUCGUCGAAGGAGGCAUCGUAAGGCAAAGAAAAACUUGUGCGGAGACGUGACUACUCAAAACGUAGUUACGCAGGACUGCGAGGUUGAUUGCGAACUUCUUCUUCGCACGUUAGGCAACACGAUAAUCGAGGUCAGAGAUACAUCCUUUACCAAGUUUGUUCUUAGCCAAUUGACGGACUCUCUAACCGUCCUAGCCUCUAAGGGUAUUUCCGAGAUAGUCUGCUACGGGUUAGGACGAUUCUCGCAGUACAGGUCAUCGAAAUGUCAAUUGGCGCUUCUGCUGUGUUUGAAGGCGCGACACGUGGACGCUCGCGUGCACGUGUACGAUCCAGUGUUUUGCCCCGAGGAAGUGCAAGUUUUGCGUGCUCUGGGUCUAGAGGUUAUAGAGAUCAACGAGGAGGGCAAGCGUAUCGUCCAGCGAGAUAAAACGACUCUCGUAUACAUGCCGCAUUGCUCGCGGCAGUUGACCAAUAAUUUUCUCUACGCAAACUGGGGAGAGGGAUUAAGCAAUUGCAUUCUGCUCGCUAAUAGCUUCUCAGGGAUAGUUGACAGUUGUUUGCACAGGGAUGCACUGAAUAUGGCAGGUUACAUAUUGCGCAUUCGACCUUAUGUUACAGAAAUUCAAUUGGAAAAUUCCUUUGAGUACGAGGAAGUUUUCAACGACCUUAGCAUUCAUAUCUUUACCAAGCAAGAUUUGCUUAAAACCCCGGCAGAUUUCUGGAACUCUAGAGAGGAACCACAAUAUUUAAAAAAGGACGUCGAAUUUAUUGCAACUGCACGUUAAUAAAUAAUAUUCGACACGAAUUAUAAUACAGCAACAAUGAAUGGUAAUAUCAAAAUUGUUCGUUCUCUCGUACGAGAAAUUCGCAGAGUCUCGCAGAAUAAGAGUACAAAAGAGAACGCAAUGUUACAGUAUAUCAUGGAACAAGCACAUAUUCAUAAAGAGACGUCUCAAGUUUUGUGUAAAGCAAGAGAAGAAUUGAAGAAUUUAGCAGAG